AUGUUGUUAACGUGUCUGUUAGUCGCUGUCUCUCCACAAGGCCUCUCUCCCUAUCUCUUCACACCAGUACAGGUCCAGGUCUCUUUCUCCCCGCAGGUCCCCCCUCCCCCCUUCCCCCCUCGUGUUCGUCUUGUUCUGAUAACGCAUCACUACGCUCAGCUGCACGUGCUCUCUGAUACCGCUUAUCUAUGCUCUAUGUGGUUGGUGGUGGAGGUGGUAGGGGGAGUGUUCCCGGGCCCGAGUGAAGGGCUCCGAGGGAGGGUCGCGCUCGGGCGUGCUUCAUCAGCGAGCAGUCAGUAG